GUGCAAUCAUGGCGAAUGAAGUAAGGGCCGAUCCUGGUUUUGAUCGGGUCCAACCGGACCGGGUCGCUAAGCAAUCGGUGUCCAAGAACAGGAAAAAGCGAGGUGGCGACGCGGGGUUGGCCACGGCCACGGCAAGGACCGGGCCGUCUCCUUCAACGGCGACCCAUCGACAGGCCCAACGACAGGCGUUUCAGCGAGCGGGUUCGGGCAUGAGAGCAGUAUUCCUUGGUGGGCCCCGUUCGGGAAACGGGUCGAGCGGCACCGGCGUGUUCUUGCCCCGUGGAGCGGGGAACAACCCUUCUGAACCACCCAAGAAACCGAGGUGUUCAACAGUUCUGAUACCAGCUAGAGUUGCUCAUGCCUUGAUGGUCCAUCACGAUAACAUGGGCGGCCGGUCGCGGCCCGGCAUCGGUUACUUUCCCCCGCAACAUGAUGCUGGUACAAGCGGAAGAAGUCCUGGCCCGUAUCUCCAGCAGAAGCGCCAAUCCGAGACGGCACCGGCCCUGAACCAAAGCGACAUAGACCUUCCUCAAGAGUGGAUGUAUUGAAGUCGGCCUCGGGCCUCGGCACAUGCGCAGAUCGUCUUCUAGUCCCCAAUCCUGAGGGAAGUUCAUUUCAGCUAAAGAACAAUAGACAGUGGCAUAGGAUAGAAUACAGAAUAAAGGAGUGAAAUGAAAGACAAAAGGCCUCUUUGUCUUAGUCAAAUAGGGUGAACCGAUGGAUGAUGAUGCGGGCAGAGUAGACAAAGAAGAAAGUGACAAGCUCGUGAAGGACGAUAGUCCGCCAUUGAUGGAAUAUAAUAGUGGUUUCUGUCAAAAGUACAGUGGAGGAGGGAGUUUAGGCAAUAAUUGAGUGAAGAGGCUCGACAUGAGGCUUUUUUUGGUCUGAUUGCUUGGCUGGAUCGCCAACAAACCAAGUGCCUGUAAUGGUGUUUCUGUAUUAAAGUCCCCUGAAUAAAUAAUUUAUGUUCUGGUGAUGGA